AUGAGAGACUUUGAUGUAAGACGGAUCCUAAUCGACCUAGGCAGCUCGGCCGAUCUUUUUCAGGCAUCAGUAAUUAAUCAAAUGAGACUCGAGCUAUCCGGCUUAGAGAAUCCUGGGCGAAUCCUGUCGGGAUUUAAUGGCGCAACAACCACCUCCCUUGGAGACAUUGUGCUACCAGUCCAAGCAGGCCUAGUCACUCUUAAUGUACGGUUUUCAGUGGUAGAAGAUUUGUCCCCCUUCAACGUCAUCUUAGGACGCACGUGGCUGCACUAUAUGAAAGUCAUCUCUUCCACGUACCAUCAGAUGGUAAGUUUUCUCACUGAAGAUGGACAAAUCGAUUUAUAUGGCAGCCAAUUGCCCGCCCGCCAGUGCUAUCAGAUAGCGCAAGAGGUUGGGUCCAACAAAGACGGUGAGCCCCUCCCUGAACCCACUAGCGCACCUGACCAAUAG